AUGAUCGCUGAGUUAGGAGCAGUGCUAAUGGCGGCGGCGGUGUUGUUCAGUGGUCGGUCGACGUGCAACCGGAUUCGCAUUCGGGUGGUGUGGCUGGACAUCAACGAGAUGUGUUUGGUGCACACGUGCAAGGAGGCGAAGUUCCGUUUCGCGAUCACCGACGAUGAGGUGGAACGCAGCAUCAGCUGGCCCCUGAACACGGUGGCCGAGGACGCCGAGAUCAACUUCCUCAACCGUCACUCGAUGUUCAACUUCACGAUGGACAUCACCGGCAUCGACCUGAUGUACGGCUUCCAGCGACUGUGCGACAGCAUCUUCGAGCGCCAGGUGACCUUCCAGCUGGAUCGCCACAAAGGCAUCACCCUACACGGCCGAUGCUUCAACACGACCGUGAUCAUCUCGUACGAGAACGCCGAUCACCCGGACCACAACGCCCUGAACAAUCGAAGCGAUUUUGCAAACGACAGCUACGUAGCCACGUUUUCGGCCAUUUCAGCCACCGGCACCGUUCCUGUGUGGACCCUGAUGGCCGUCGCAGGCCUCACUGCUCUCCUGAUGGCCGCUAUCAAUCUGCUGGUCUGCUGUCUGUGCUGUCGAAAGAACAGGAAACACGACAAGGUGGUGAAGUGUACGUCGGAAGCCCACAAACGUGGCCAUGAUCACAGACACGGCGGUCGACCGGAGCAAAGCUACUAUAAGUCGCAAAUGCUGUUGUGCGACGGUCGUCAUGUCGAGGUACACAAGUAG